GUAUGCAUAUAUUGUUUGAUGAGUUUGAUGAUCUAGAUAUAAGUAAAAAGGAUGAGGAAGAAGAAACUCAAAAUGAAACACAGCAGGAAACAAGUCUGCAGAAAACAGAGAUUGAUAAACAAUCUCCGUUUCAUUCUCCACCAAAAAGCUGGAAAACCAUUGGAGAUCAUCCUCAAACUCAGAUCAUUGGAGACACAGCUGAUGGAAUCCGAACCAGAAGAUCAUUCAAAAAUGAUGACGACAGCAUGGCAAUGAUAUCUCAGAUUGAACCAAAGUCAAUCAAAGAUGCUAUUACUGAUCAAUCUUGGAUUAACGCCAUGAAGGAAGAACUUCUACAGUUUGAGAAAAAUGAAGUUUGGACUCUAGUACCAGAUCCUUUAGAUCAAACUGUUAUUGGCACUCGAUGGGUAUUCAGAAACAAGCUUGAUGAAGAAGGUAAGGUCGUGAGAAACAAAGCAAGAUUAGUAGCUCAAGGCUACAAUCAACGUACAAAUUAUUGGGCAGCAUACUCAUCAUUACUCCACCUUUUUCUCUCCAUCUUCUCAAGUCAGAAAACUGUUUCUCUUCUCACCUUCUUUUCCCCAAAAGCUGGAAUCAUCUUUCUCUUUCUCUAA